AUGGGGAGGCCUGCUGUGAUUUGCCUUUCUGGUAAGCGGAAGUGUGGCAAGGAUUUUGUAGCAAAUCUGAUAGCUAAACGACUAGAAGGAAUAGGUUGUCGUGUUAUUGUAUGUGGUGUAAGUCAUCCCCUAAAAGAGGAAUAUGCAGAAUUGAAUGGUAUUGAUGGUGAACGAUUGAAAUCUGAUUUACUAUAUAAGGAGAUUUAUCGUCGAGAUAUGAUUAUAUGGAGUGAGAAGUUACGAGAGAAUGAUGCUGGUUAUUUUUGUAGAAAAGUUUUGGCAAGGUGCGAUUCAUUUGACGUAAUUAUUGUACCUGAUUGUCGACGGCUUUCUGAUAUUGAAUUCUUUAAAGUAAACUGUGGUUCUCGCAUACGAUUAGUGCGUAUUGAAUGUGCGUUACCGAUUCGAAAAAAGCGUGGUUUUGAAUUUAUUGAAGGCAUCGAUGAUCAAAUAACAGAAUGUGGUCUUGAUGAGUAUGAUGGAUGGGAUAUUAUCAUUAAUAAUGAUAUUCCAACUGUAAAUGAAAGUCUACCUUCUACUUUAGAGACUUUCUUAACUCGACUUUCUUGUGAAAUCAUUAAAAUGUUAGGUAACUAG